AAGGUAAAGAGAGGCAAUCAUUUCAAAACAAACUAGUCUAGAAAAUAAGAAACUCAGAGAGCAAAAUGGUAGAGAAACACCGUAUGCAACCAACAAUACAUGAAUAGCAUAUGGAUGGUUUUGAAAACUGCCCUUGUGUUGCUGAUGGGUCUUCUGGGAUUAGCUUACCGGGCCACACAACCUGCCCAUCCAGAGAGUACCGAGUUGUCAGAUGUUCCUCCUACUUCUUCACCAAGGAUUAUGCUUAGUGAUGGAAGAUAUCUGGCUUAUAAAGAGAAAGGAGUUCCCAAGAAUGAAUCAAACUACAAGAUCAUCAUUGUUCAUGGCUUUGGUAGCUCCAAAGAAAUGAAUUUUCUGGCCCCACAGGAGCUCAUAGAUGAGUUGGGGAUAUAUUUUCUGUUAUUUGAUCGAGCUGGUUAUGGAGAAAGUGAUCUGAACCCCAAGCGCUCAGUGAAGAACGAAGCAUUCGACAUCCAAGAAGUUGCUGAUAGGUUAGAACUAGGAUCCAAGUUUUAUGUGAUUGGAGUUUCAAUGGGAUCCUACCCCACCUGGAGUUGCCUCAAACAUAUACCACACAGGCUUGCAGGUGUGGCUCUAGUGGUCCCAGUCAUCAAUUACUCAUGGCCUUCUCUUCCUCACUACUUGACAAGAGAGGACUACAGGAAGAAACUUUUCCCAUGGGUACUCUGGAUUGCAAACCAUGCCCCUGAUCUGCUAUACUGGUGGGUGACCCAGAUAUGGUUCCCUUCAUCUUCUUCCAUGGAAAGAAGUCCAAUGUUCUUCAGCAACCGGGACAUAGAUAUACUAAAGAAGACAUCAGGAUUCCCAAUGCUCAGCCAGGAUAAGAUACGGCAGCGAGGUGUCUUUGAAUCUCUUCGUCAUGACUUCAUUGUCGGUUUUGGCGAUUGGGACUUUGACCCAAUGGAUUUGAGCAACCCAUUUCCUCAAAAUGAAAGCUCAGUUCACAUUUGGCAAGGCUACGAGGAUAAGGUUGUGCCAUUUCAGCUACAAAGAUACGUUGCAGAAAAGCUGCCAUGGAUUCGGUACCAUGAAGUUCCUGAUGGUGGGCACUUGAUAGUUCAUUACCAAGGUCUGUGUGAAGCCAUUUUAAGGGCUCUUUUGAUUGGAGAAGAAACUCCACUCUGAGGGUCUAGUUGAACCUCAUUAAUAUGCAGUAUAAGAUUUGUUAAAUCCUUUUUUGUAUCAUCCAAAGCAGUGUCCUCUUAGUAAAUUGAUCUGUAGAGUGAUAAAUUACAGUCAUAUUGCAUUCGUCUUUAGGAACCCCCAAAGAUUUUAGGCCUAGUUCAGCUGCUUUGUGUUCUCCUGGCUGUAAAUUGGUUUCUUUAAUGAUCAGAAGAGCAGCAUACACCUGCAUAGAAAGUGAAUUGUGUUUGAAUC